AUGGACAUCUCCGAUUACAUUAAAAUGCGCGACAAAGAAGACACGGCGGCUUACCAUGCUGCUCGCAACGCCGAUCGGACAGCAGGCAAACGCCCUGCACCCGGCACUGAUCCCAAUCCCUUACAUGGACCCCAGCCGAACGAAAACAACCAACAAAUUUCAUUCAGCGUGUCCCACGACCUCAAAUGGGGGUGCCCCAUCUGCCCCGAAAAAGACGACAUCAGCCGCGCCACCCUGAACCCAAACCUCAGCCGCUGCAGUGCCUGCAGGGUAGUCUACUACUGCAGCCCAGAACACCAAGCUGCUGAUCGACCAACACACAAGACAUUCUGCAAGAGAAUCCAGAAAGCCACGUUUGUCCUUGAGAAAGAGGAAGCUGCGCUCAAGGCCCACAAGGCAAAGAGGGGUUCGCCGAACCCUUUCAACACCAAAACCGACGAUGUCUGGAAGAACGAAGUAGCAAGGAAAUACAUGCUAUCAGGCAAAGAAGUCGUGCUUGAGAUGAUUCGCAUCAACACGAAGACUGCCUUGGAAAAGGCGCUGGAAAUUAUUGACGCCUUGACGAAGAUGAGUUAUAAAGACCCUAUGGGACUGCGGUGCAUCACACCCUUUCUCCUCAUCCGCCUAGGUCAAGAUCAAGAAUGUUACAGCCUCUGUGAGUGGUGGGUCAUAGAGGGAAAUCACAGUAAUUACGACUGGCGGAACCCCGUCGUGAUGCAAAAUCACAUGAAAGAAGAUUCGAACGUGUUCGACUCGGUCAAGAGGUUCACAAAGGUUAGAGACUACCGCACCAAGGUGCACCAAUACAACCCGCCCAGCGUCUCUGACCUGUCCCACCUCGUCGCCGUCACGCUCGUCAAGAUACGUGCUCGCUGGGGCCUCCUGGCGACUCGCAACUGCAAGGUAGAAACGUUCCAGGACCAUGUUUGUGCCAACUUGGUGUGGAACAAUCCAAAGAUCAAGAUACGCGAACUAGAGGAUUGUAUCCCGUUGAUCAACGAGCUGGAGGAGCACAUCACGAAGCUAUAUAUUGCGGUUGACGGGAUGAACCCGCACUUUUGGCCUGCCUUGUUGAAUCCGGGCGACCACUUGACGGCUGUCCCAAACCAGGUACAUUGGGGUAGCGUGGAAGAGAUGCAGAAGACGCUGCAAGAGUGCUAUAAUGCUUGGGCGGAGACUGAGGGCGCGAUUGGUCUCAUCAGGGAGUUGUCGGAUAUCGCCAUUGGCGAGGAUCGUAAAGUGGCUGCAUUGAGUCCAGAAGAGUAUGAGGCUGAGCGUGCCAGGUUUUUGGGUUCUGAGCGUUCCAAGCGUCCGAUGCCUGAACCAUGGUAA